AAACCGAAUGAAUGAUCUAGAAAAGCACAUCUGUUCUUUAAUAAACUUUUUGGGUCACAUGCAGAAGGCACUGCAUCGGAGAAAUGACUUAUAAAAGAAGAUGCUGUUUCCUAAAUUAAUAUUGAAAUUCCGUGGAAGUAACAAAUGGGCUGAAGCCGUACAAAAGUCAAACUACUCUCGGAAAAGCAGUUCAAAUUUUAGAGGAACCUACAAAAUUGUCACAAAAGCCAGCGACCCAGCAGAAGAUGUAGCAAAACAGCAACUAGCCACGCAUACAAACUGGGAGCUGCUGGCUCCACAAGGAUUUCGCUUUUACCUCCCUGGCAGCGUGGGCCCAGCAUGGCAUGAUGAAAUAUCAGCUUCCUUCAUACCUUCAACUUUGACUGGUAUUGAUGCAGCAGAGUUGGAAUGUGAUGUUCAAGAAUGCCCUGUACUACUACGCCAAGGAAUCUCCGAGCUGUUUCCAGGGACUGACACUAGUGCUUGUCAGCUGACUGUUGUCUCACUCUCGCAAAAGAAACAUAAAAAGAUAACUGAGCAUGACAUUGAACAACUCACUAAGCAGUUCAUGUGGGCUGCACAAGACAUUUGCCAUAAACUAAAGAUGGCCGGCUACUGGGCUGAUUUUAUUAAUCCUUUUUCCGGUGUCCCGUUCGGAACACCUCAUAACUCCGCUCAUCUGUACAAAACAGAUGAGCGUUUCCGUUGUAUCGGCUUCCAAAUUAAAGAGAAGGGCUCUUGCAAAAUAAUAACAAACAAAGCCUCGAAUAAAUUCAUUGGAAGUUUGUUUACAACGGCUCCCCCAAGCACCACUCUGCUGAAGGAAAUAUUGAGGGAAUAUGAAUAUUAGUCGAAGAUUGAAAGUUGAUUUUAAAUCAAUUUAAUUUGUUUUGGAUGCAUUGCUGUUUUACGUGACGUGAAAUUACAUUUACUGUUCAAUGUUAUAACGUGUUUUUUUGUUUUUUAAACUUUGAAAAGAUUUAUCUAAAAGUGCUGUGUCAUUUAAAUAAUUUUGGUUCGGUGAUAUCCUGUAAAUAGUGAUUACAAAGUAGAAAUAUUUUGUUAAACUUAAUCAAAUGUAAUUUAUUUAUUUUUGCAAAUUGUAACGGUAAUUUAUAUACUGCAAUGGUGUAUAAAAUUGUGUCAAAUAGUAUCUAUCUGGAACAUAUUUUAAACUGACAAUUUUAUUUAUUUUAGUCUUAGUGUUAUAUCAGAAUCAACAGAUACAUUCUUAUUAAGUACAUGAAUUCACGUAUUUUUAUAUGUCAUUGUGAAUACCCAAAGCUCCAAUCAAAAUUACAGCUGAUCUGCUACAUGGAUUUUCAUCCUUGAUGGCUUACACGAAAGGCCUGACCUCAAAUUUAUUAGGAAAAUGAUCAAAACUAUGAAAAUUGUGAGGGUGAUAAUUAAUUAAUAUAUGAAGGGUGGUGGGUGUAGUGGGACCGGUGCCGGAAUUCAAACUAACUGCACUGUAAACUGUAUUGUACUGUAACUGCCACAAUGUUACCAGAACCACAAAUUAGUCUGGAGUUAAAGGAAGUAUUAAUUAAUUUAUUAUUCCUUGAACAAUAAACGGAAUUAUAACA